AUGCCUGUUAGAGCAAAAGACGAUUCAUUUAAUGUAUCUGCUGCAAAAGUGCAACAGAUAACAUUUGAAGAGGUCGUUAUGAAAAGCACACUCCGUAUCGAGGCAUUUAGAGGUUCUGUUGAGCAAUUUUUGAGAAUGGACUCUUUUCCUCAUCUUCAUCCUCUGACAAGUUUGCAAAUUGGGUAUGUGAAAUCUCACCUGUCUAAGGCAUUCCUGUAUUUUGCACCUGUUAGUCAUAAGUUUCUUAUCCUGGUGGACAAUCAGUCAUGGCGGAAGAACAAACAGUCAAGAUCAGCCUUCAUAAGGGAGUUAAUGAUCACCAAGUACAGAUUGUCACCUUUUAUAAACCAUAGAACUCUGCAUAAGAGUCCAAAUUUAGGUUACAGAUCUCCCAGCCAUGAAAGUAAAAAUUUGUACAAGUGGUUUCCCAUCAUGAACAUGGCCCGUUUGAGAGAAAAAGCUCCUUUCUCUGCGAUGAAUUUGUAUGAAGCUUUACACGGCCUUAUUGUGUUCGAAGUUGCAUGGAGUGAUGUACGCGGUAUCAACUAUGUAAACAAACUCCAGGAUGAUACAUCCUUUGCCUUAGAAGUAAAAGCUUUGAGGAAAUGGGAAUUCAAUGGCAUCGACCAAGCAUUGGCCUGCAUAACAUCAUGGUUCGCAGGCACUGAAUCCGAAACACAAACACUGCAGAACAAUCUGGUCCUUCUUCAUAACAAAGUUCCUUCCCUCUGUUCGCACGAAAUUACUGUUGCUGCAAAAGAAUUUUUGUUUAAUGAUGCAUCUCAAGCUGAGCUAUUUUCAGAAGAUGUAUUCUUUGAUGUUAGAGAAUGUCCAAUUGACACAAAUGAUAUACUUAGUAGGGACUGUCAGGUGGCGGGAACACAUGGGAAUAGAGAACAAAACGUGGAAAUGAAUAGUAGCAUUGAGUCUAUGGAAUAUAAGGACACCUUUCUACUGUUCACUUUCAAUGAUACUGAUCUUCCAUAUAAAUUACGGCAGAUAAUCACUCCAGAUUUAAAACUUCUUGCUUUGCUUGAGGCAGGCCUACCUUCUUGGGUCAUCUUUCUUCAAUCCUAUCCACUAUUCUGUAAAGUAUAUAGUCCCUGGAUGCCGCCUUUGUUCAGAACCUUUUAUAUACUAAUCUCCCUUAUAACUGUUGUUAUCGGGUUUUAUGAUCUCUAUAAGAAUAUACCUCUCCUCAAGGCAACCGCAUCCCACCUCUGUGGGCCACUUUUUAAAUGGAUUGAAGAAUGGGAUGGGAUUUCAAGAAUUAGAUAUCUAGGAACAAUGUUGUUCCUUCAUAACCUUGAGAAGGCUAUAAAGUGGUUUCUAACAGUGAUGCGCAUGGUAACAUUCAUCUAUACAGUUUUUGUCAUUGCCUUCAAGAACAUUGCUAGCAGCAUGAAUGAUGUUACUCUUCUUAGUAAAGUUGAGUCAAAUUCAUCCCAAAUCUCACUUUGGGGUUCUCUCUGGAAUGAUCUCUUCUCCCAGGUCUUCAGGUCUCUUCGGAACAUUUUCAAUGGUCUUGUUGCAUUCUGGACAUCCUGCACCCAAUAUAGACAUAG